AUGACCGCGGGCUCGGGCGUGCUCCUCGUGCUGCUCUCGCUCUCCGGCGCGCUCCGGGCCCACAAUGGGGAUCUUACAGCCAGGGAGACCUGCAAGGCUGGAUUCUCUGAAGAAGAUUACACAGCAUUAAUCUCCCAGAAUAUUCUGGAAGGAGAGAAGGUCCUCAAAGUCAAGUUCAGCAGCUGCCUGGGGACCAAGGGGACGCACUAUGAGACCAACAGCAUGGACUUCAAGGUCGGGGCCGACGGGACGGUCUUCGCCACCCGGGAGCUGCGCAUCCCCUCCGAGCAGGUGGCCUUCACCGUGACUGCGUGGGACCACCAGACGGCUGAGCGCUGGGACGCCGCCGUGCGGCUGCUGGUGGCCCAGACCUCGUCCACGCACUCCGGACACAAGAAAGGAAAGAAGAACGCAGCCCUGGACCCCGUCCAGCCUCCGAAUGACACGCUGCUGCCAUGGCCACAGCGCCAGAGCUCCAAUGGGCUGAGGAGGCAGAAACGGGACUGGGUCAUCCCACCCAUCAACGUGCCGGAGAACUCACGCGGGCCCUUCCCACAGCAGCUGGUGAGGAUCCGGUCCGACAAGGACAACGACAUCCCCAUCCGAUACAGCAUCACAGGCGUGGGCGCCGACCAGCCCCCCAUGGAGGUCUUCAGCAUCGACUCCAUGUCCGGCCGGAUGUACGUCACGCGGCCCAUGGACCGGGAGGAGCGAGCCUCCUACCACCUCCGAGCACAUGCUGUGGACAUGAACGGCAACAAGGUGGAGAACCCCAUCGACCUGUACAUCUAUGUCAUUGACAUGAACGACAACCGCCCCGAGUUCCUCAACCAGGUGUACAACGGCUCCGUGGACGAAGGCUCCAAGCCAGGCACCUACGUGAUGACAGUCACGGCCAACGACGCGGAUGACGCCACCACGGCCAACGGGAUGGUGCGCUACCGGAUCGUGACGCAGACCCCGCAGAGCCCCUCCCAGAACAUGUUCACCAUCAACAGUGAAACGGGCGACAUCGUGACUGUGGCCGCUGGCCUGGACCGAGAGAAAGUCCAGCAGUACAUGGUCAUCAUUCAGGCCACAGACAUGGAAGGGAACCUGAACUACGGCCUCUCCAACACAGCCACCGCCAUCAUCACAGUGACGGACGUGAACGACAACCCACCGGAGUUCACCACCAGCACGUAUGCAGGGGAAGUCCCAGAAAACCGGGUGGAGAUGGUGGUGGCGAACCUCACGGUGAUGGACCGAGAUCAGCCGCACUCUCCAAACUGGAACGCCGUCUACCGCAUCAUCAGUGGGGACCCCUCGGGCCACUUCAGCGUCCGCACGGACCCCACCACCAACGAGGGCAUGGUCACUGUGGUUAAGGCAGUCGACUAUGAGCUGAACAGAGCAUUCAUGCUGACUGUGAUGGUGUCCAACCAGGCGCCCCUGGCCAGCGGGAUCCAGAUGUCCUUCCAGUCCACAGCCGGGGUGACCAUCUCCGUCAUGGACAUCAACGAGGCCCCCUACUUCCCCUCCAACCACAAGCUGAUCCGCCUGGAGGAGGGUGUGCCCACUGGCACCGUACUCACCACGUUCUCAGCAGUGGACCCCGACCGGUUCAUGCAGCAGGCUGUGAGAUACUCAAAGCUUUCAGACCCAGCGAACUGGCUACAUAUUAAUGCCACCAACGGCCAGAUCAGCACGGCGGCCGUGCUUGACCGCGAGUCUCUCUACAUCAAGAACAACGUCUAUGAGGCCACUUUCCUCGCGGCUGACAAUGGGAUCCCCCCGGCCAGUGGUACUGGGACCCUCCAGAUCUACCUUAUCGACAUCAACGACAACGCCCCUGAGCUGCUGCCCAAGGAGGCGCAGGUCUGUGAGAAGCCCAGCCUGAAUGCCAUCAACAUCACAGCGGCUGAUGCUGACGUGGACCCCAACAUCGGGCCCUACGUCUUUGAGCUGCCCUUCGUUCCGGCAAGCGUGCGCAACAACUGGACUGUCACCCGCCUCAACGGUGACUACGCCCAGCUUAGCCUGCGCGUCCUGCACCUGGAGGCUGGGGUGUAUGACGUCCCCAUCACCGUCACGGACUCGGGGAACCCGCCGCUGUCCCACACAUCCAUCAUCAAAGUCAAGGUGUGCCCGUGCGAUGACAACGGUGACUGCACCACCGUGGGCGCAGUGGCGGCGGCCGGGCUGGGCACAGGUGCCAUCGUGGCCAUCCUUAUCUGCAUCGUCAUGCUGCUCACCAUGGUCCUGCUCUUCGUCGUGUGGAUGAAGCGGCGGGAGAAGGAGCGCCACACAAAACAGCUGCUCAUCGACCCCGAGGACGACGUGCGGGACAACAUCCUCAAGUACGACGAGGAAGGGGGCGGCGAGGAGGACCAGGACUACGACCUCAGCCAGCUACAACAGCCAGAGGCCAUGGAGCACGUGCUGAGCAAGGCCCCCGGAGUGCGGCGGGUGGACGAGAGGCCCGUGGGCGCCGAACCCCAGUACCCAGUCAGGCCCGUGGUGCCCCACCCAGGAGACAUCGGCGACUUCAUCAACGAGGGACUGCGCGCAGCCGACAAUGACCCCACGGCGCCCCCGUACGACUCGCUGCUGGUGUUUGACUACGAGGGCAGCGGCUCCACAGCGGGCUCCGUCAGCUCCCUGGACUCCUCCAGCUCCGGAGACCAGGACUACGACUACCUGAACGACUGGGGGCCCAGAUUCAAGAAGCUGGCGGACAUGUACGGAGGCGGUGAGGAGGAUUAACAGGCCUCCCCGCCGGACGCAAGGAUGGAUGGACGGACGGACGGACGGGAGGAGCAGGACUGGAGGAGGCAACGGGCCUUCCUGACCCCCAAGGCCAUGUCACUCCGUGGUGGGGGUCCCCGCCUUGCCCCCGCCCCAGCUGUCUGGCAUGAACACUUGACCCGCGGCUGACUCAGCACUGAGGAGAGCAAGAGGCACUCUGUCUUAACUUGAAUUUCUUAGGACAGAAGCACUGUUUUAAAAAAAAAAAUGAAAGUGCCUUUUGGUACAUGUAUCAGAUUCCCUCAAACUCAGGAGCGACUAAAAGCAAGCAGACAGACCCCCCACCCGGUCCUGAGCGCCCCUAGCCCUGGCUAGUCCCAGCUCUGAAGGCACCAAUUAAGGAAUUGGGAAGAAUGUGUCCUUUUUUUUUUUUUUAAUCUUUUAUCAAGAAAACAAAUGGGUGACUCGCUUAACAAAAUUGACAAAGAACAAUGGGUCCAAACCCCAUCAGCCCCUGAGUCCUCAUGCUUUGCUGUCCACAGUCAGGGUCUCCUACCCCAUGGGGUCCCCAGGUCAGCACGAAGACCCACCUUCAGCUCCUGCAGCAGCGAGUCCCCUGGGUGCGGGCCAAGCCCGUGGACCCAAGACCCACUGUGACUCUGACUUUUGCCCCGACUCCCAGAAGCUGGAAACAACUGGGGCCAUCCCUGAUGUUCCCCAUGGCUGCCCCUGGCCAUCCCCAGGGCCCCCCAGUCAAUCAUUAGGCCUCCCCCAGGGCCAACUGUGACCCUGAAAGCCACCCAGGUCCCCACUAUCUGGGGUCCAAGAGAGUAUGGUGUCCCAAGAAACCACAAGCAAAACCAGCCAGCAUCCCACCCACCCCUGGCAUGAGCCCUCCACCCUCUCAAUGAGACUCCCAAGGAACCCCAAGUCAAAGGCCCCCAAACACUCACCAGUCCAGCCCCCGAAGGCUCUGGAUGUCUCUGGACACUGGCAGGGCUGCACCGACCACAGGGAGAGCUGAUGCUCACUUGGGGUCCAGAAACCAUCACAGCCAGCAGGAGACACUGGGGUCUGCCUCAGCCCUGCCCCUCUGGACCGGUCUCUGGAACCCAGGAGCUGACGAGGAUGGCAGAGGUCUACUCCAAUGCCGGGACAGUCCCAUCAUCCGUGCCAUCCAUCCCACACAUGUGUCUGGGCCACGCCUGCUGGGAACAGUCUCCUUUCCUUUGGACCCACGUCAGCACCCAGCAGCUGCUGGGCCAGUUAGCUGCUCAAGCUCUCAACCUGGAUGUGCCCUCUUGAUGGGCAGUGUGACUCUCAAGCCAGACUCCAGGCUCAAUUCCACAGGAGAGCAAGAGGCGCUGUGUCCCAAGGACCCACCGGAGCCCCUGCUAUGUUUGCCAGGGUUGCAGGGGGUGGGCACCUAGAGGGGAACUGGUGAGAAAAUGCCCUGGAGCAGCUUCUCCCCCAAGCAUCACCCAGGGAUAGCCUGUCUGGUAUGAAGGCACCUGGGCUGUCUGGAGAGGCCCCUCCAGGGGAAUCCUCACCUGCUCUCGGCUCCCCAGCAGGACUUGGAGUCGGGCCUGCCCUGGAGCCCCACCCUGGGCCCGCUCCUGGGGUCAGGCCUCCAGAGGACCUGAGACAGGGGUGCCCAUACUCCCCAUGUUCUCCAUGGAGGGGGUCUUUGAUCCACACCCCCGCCCAUGGCCUGCCCCCAAUGCCAUGGUCAUCCUCUUUUCUAAACAGCUUCAGCCUCAAAGAUGAACUUGAGUGUACACGUGUGUGUGUGUGAUCUGCGUGGGUGUGUCUCCGCUGGACGUCAGGGUCUUCCCCAAACCAAACUCCUCGCCAAUUCCAUCCACUCUCCCAGGGCUGAGCCGAGCUGGGGAGGCGACUCGGCUUGUAGCCUGAGGGAGGCAGGUCCAUCCUGACCCCAUCCACAAUGGCCCAGAGAGGGACGAAGGGACAGGUGGAUGGAGGCAGCGGCCGCUUGGGUCAUGUACUGAUGCCCCCUGGCACACAGCCCAUCUCAGACCUGGGUGGGUAGCCUGCCGAGGUGGGGGGAUACCUGCUUCCUGCUAUGCAAAUCGCUUGGGGUCAGACAGCCAAUGAAGAUUGUCCCAGCACCUGGGGGCGUGGCCAUUUGAGGACUGCUAGUGUCCUCAGGGUUGGUGAGAUGUGAGCUGGAAUCUCGCGUUUGUUUUUGCAGUCAAAGUUCUAAGUAUGAAUAUGGGGUGGGGGACCCAGACAGCUGUGAACUCUCCCUACUGGACUCCUGAAGCCUCCUUGGGUCCCCAGGGUCCUGGGCUUACCCCAGGGAUGGGGUGCCAGGCCCAGGCCACAGCUCGUUGUCCUGAACACCAGCCCCCCAGCCUCCCUGCAGCUCCUCUUCCCCCUCCUCUCAUCACUGCCAGGCCCCCACCCCACAAUCUGUCUAUGUUACACAGGCCCCAUCCCUGCUCCCAGGCAGCCGGAGAGCAGCCCCUCCUCACCUCCACCCCAGACAGCCCCUGGAGACCCCCACCCCCUCCCAGAAGCAUCCGGGAACUCUGUCCCAACCAACGGUUAGCAUUAGCUACACAGUCAGUGUCAAACAUUUCUCACGUAGCUUAUAGAUGCGACGGGUCCAGACUAGGAGGGGCGGCCAGAGAAGGCCUGGACUCAGCGCUGGCAAGGUGCUCGGGCAGGU